AUCAUGACGUGCAUACGUUUAGGUCUCCCAGUCCUACUUCUUUUUAUAAGAUCCUCACGUUCUGUUAGUACUGAGAAUGUCAUUAGUGCAAACGUCCCGUUUGAAGACAAUCUACAAUAUGACUGUUAUCAAUAUGCAGAAGAUGCACUAAAUAUUACUGGAAAAAUUUACGUCAUAGUACAAAAUUUCAAUUCCACCUUGCCACCUUUAUGUGAUAGCGCUGAGGUGGUAAAACGAGAGAACAAUACAUAUUACGUAGCCACGCUUGCUGCGGUGAUUCCCAUUCUCAAUAGGACACUGGUAAAGUUCAACACAUCCCUGGUUCUUUCUAAAACUGGAAACCACUCGAAAUACAAUGCUAUGACUUAUAAGUAUACCACACAGGAGCCCCCUAAGCUCAGAAAACUGAUGUACUUAUCACCCUCAAAUGAAUGCAUGAUAUUUGUCGAUGAUCGUAACUCAACUGACCAAGCAAGGUGUCAAUUACUUAUGCCAUGGAAUCAUGCGAACUAUUCAAUACCAGAAGAUUGUCAAGCUGUUUACAACAGCAGCUGUGCUGGAAAAGAACAACUAAGGGUGUACCAUCCAUGGUGUCAGAGCCUACCUGAAAUACCCCUUGAGGUGUUAAUGAAACGGCUUAACACUACGCCUGCUCCUGCUCAAUGUUGAAUCAUGUUAAACUGAAGACAAUCCAU